CGUUCUACCUUCUCACGAGCUCUAGCAGAAAUGUUGUGACUCACCCUGUAUAUAGUAACAUAUUUUACACAUACUAAUAAAUAUCGUAGAAUAUAAAUUAGUUUUUCAGAUCGCAUCAAAACUUUCUAAUGUAAAGAUAUGUCACAUAUAUCACAGUUUGGGACUCCUAAAUUACUUAAAAAAUAUGCAAGAUAAAAAUGUUGAAUACAGAAGGGUUUAAUUGACGCAUUACAUCCCAGUAAACAUGAUGAUGUUACUUGUCAUCUUUUUAACGAAAAAAUGACGAUAAAUAACGUCAUCAUAUUUACUGGAAUAGCAAUACCAGUAUGAACAGCAUCAAGAUCAUGUUAAACGUUUUAAAUGAAAACCUCCAUUUUUUUUAUUACACGUUCUUGUAGCCUGCUUCAAGAGCUUGUCAAAACACUAAAUAAAAUGUCUUUCGUUAAUUACUUUUAGAAUUAUAAAACUUGAAAGUUACAGUAUCGUCGGCAUUAACAUUAUAACCAAAGUGUACUACGUGGAGGUGGAGGUUGUACGAUUGUAUUUAUUUCAUAUUUCCCGAGAUGUGGCUGGCUAAUUUUAAGUGGGAUACCUUAGAUACUUCGGAAUCAACUUCGUAUACCCAAAUAGUCUGGGCUAACACAACAAAGAUAGGUUGCGGACAAAUAGAAUAUUACACAAUGGAUGGUGAAUGGAAGUAUUACUUCGUAGUUUGCAAUUAUGGUCCAAGUGGAAAUGUGAUCGGUGAUUUAAUAUAUGAAGCAAAAGUUUAAAUUAAAAAUUCAAUCCGAUCAAGAGAUUAAAGGUAUAAUGUAAUAAGUAGUGUCACAAAAAAGUGAAUAAAAGUUGCAACGUUCUGUUAGAAGAAAUCUUGUAACUGUCCAAAUUAUACUAAUAGACGGCAAACUAAUAUCUUCUUUUUCUCUGGCUCGUUCACUCUUUCUCCUCCCUCCCCUCUCUCUCCUUCUCC